GUUUCCGUGCUUGUGGGCAAGAGGAGAGACGUCAUUCUCUGGAAACUGCGGACUUCCUCUCCGCUCGUCUGGGUCAUCUUGUCUGCCCGUUGCUGGUCCCAGGCUCGCUCUCUGGCCCCAGCCCUCUCUCACUCUCUCUCUCAGCAGCUGUCUCUCUCGUGACCACUGGCCUUUCUCCGCCUGUCUGGGUGGGCGCCAUGGACCGGAAGCGGCUGAUCACUGACUCCUACGCAGUAGUAAAGAGGAGGGAGAGCCCCACUGGACACAGCAAGGGGAAGCUGGCACCAGAGCUAGGCCUGGUGGCGGAAGACAGAGGCAGAGGGACGGUGAGGGCUGAGGAGCCAUGGGACAACUGUGAGGCAAGGGGCAGGGAACCCACCCUGCAGGGCACAGUCCUGGGCAGGCCUGAAGAGCAGCUUGUCGUAGCAGAGGAAGAGACCCAGCCCCUGAGCGUCAAUGAAGUGGAGCUGGAGUUGCUGAGGCAGUUUGACCUGGCCUGGCAGUAUGGGCCCUGCACAGGGAUCACAAGGCUGCAGCGCUGGCACCGGGCAGAGCAGAUGGGCUUGGAGCCUCCCCCAGAAGUGCGUCAGGUGCUGCAAACCCACCUCGGAGAUCCCCGCUUCCAGUUCAGCCUCUGGCAUCUCUACCCGCUUUGAGGUACCACCACCUGAGAUCUCCUGCCCGCUACCCAAGAACCUCUGGACGCAAGUGAGAGCCCACUGCUGUCCCUCAGCUCGGCUCUGCUGCGGAGAACGUCUGGCAGGAAAGAGUCUUGCAGGGAAGGAAAGACGCUGAAUCUGGGGGUCUCCCUGCUCAGCCCUCCAUCUAACCAGCGGGCCCCUGGAGCCCCUCGGAGAGCCAAGGAGCCCUUCCUGCCUCGGGGGUGGUCUCUGAGGGCAAGGAUCCAGCCGUGAGGAUUCUGAUGCCGGCCACAUGCCUCCCUGACCUAAACACUGUGAUCCUGAGGACAGGGUAGCUAUUUAGGCACAGCCUUAGCUGAGCAGACUCAGGCAGAUGCAUCCCCACCUAAGGCUAGGAAUCUGAGGGCAGAACUGGUGGAGCUCACAGGACAAGGGGUUCACUAAUGCUUAUCAAUAAAUAACACAGGCCAGAAGCCUAAACUCCA